AACAUAGGAAAAAGUAGAUUGUAUUUGUGUUAGACAUAUACCUAUAUAUGAUAGUUAUUUUAAGUCCAAGUAACAUAAGUUGAAAGUGGUUGCAACAAUGGUAUAAAUUAAACUAAUUUAAAAGAACUUCUAUAUUAUUUCAAUAUUUUUCUUACGUGUUGAAAUUGAUAUUUUAAAGAUUAAAUCAUGUUUAAAAUUUUAAUCCAAACCUUGUUGAAAAACUUGGUCAAGCUUGAAACCUAGGCUAAAGUACACUUGAGUGAAAUAUAAAUAUGAUAUGAUAUAUGAGCAAUAAAGUUGAUUCAUUGAAUAACUUUUAUCUAAAUUUUGUCCAACUAUAAUCUUAAUCUAAAAUGCAUGGAUUAGAAAAAUUGAUUAAAUCCAAAUUUGAUGGACUGGUUACCAAUCAUUACUCGAACUAGUACAAAACUGGCCUAUUUGGUAAAAAGAAUGGUAACUGAUUGGUUUGUCAUCCUAUCCGAUCUUUUUUUAUUCCUUACAUCACUUGAAAUAACAUGUUUUGUCUGAUUAUAGAAAGCAAGAAAUAAAGAUGUGAAAUGAAUCACGGUAUUGAAUAAAGUUGGCUGGAAGUGGGGUUAUUAGCCCCACACAACUCAAUGAGUCCCUUCAACACUAUGGCUGUUGCUUUCUUUUGCUGUAUAAGCUAGAAAAAAAGAUACAGUGACCUGCAAAAAGAACUCCAUUGCUGAACCUGUUGAAGAUACUGUUUAAAGAAGAAGAAAUGGAAGCAAAGGUGAGGAGAAUAAAGCUAGGAACCCAAGGCCUUGAAGCGUCAGCUGAAGGUCUGGGUUGCAUGAGCAUGUCAGCCUUCUAUGGUCCACCCAAACCUGAACCAGAAAUGAUCAACCUUAUCCACCAUGCCAUCAACAGUGGAGUCACUUUCCUUGACACUUCAGAUGUUUAUGGUCCACAUGCUAAUGAAAUCCUUCUAGGAAAAUUGGCUACUAAAUUUGGUGCUUGUUUUGUUGAUGGUAAAAUGGAAAUCGGGGGUGGCCCUGCUUAUGUAAGGGCAGCAUGUGAAGCUAGCUUGAAACGCCUUCGUUUGGACUGUAUUGAUCUUUACCAUCAGCAUCGGGUUGACACCAAGGUCCCUAUUGAAAUCACAGUUGGAGAAUCGAAGAAAUCAGUUGAGGAAGGAAAUAUAAAGUAUAUAGGUCUAUCUGAGGCAUCUGGUUCAACAAUCAGAAGAGCUCAUGCAGUUCAUCCUACUUGAGGUUAGCCAUGGAGCAUAGGAUUAUAAGUUAACUAUUUUGCUCGGAAUUUUUGUUUUUCUUUAAAUACCCAAAUACUCAUUAUAACCCCUCUCAAGGACAAACGCGCUUCAACUCGUUCGAACUCGUCUUCUUGUACUUCUUGUAUUGGAACAAUAUUUAGAUCGUUAUAUGAAAUGUAUAUUUAUUAA